AUGACCAAGAAGGAACUCCAGUCCUUCCUCGAUAAGGUCAACUUUCUAAGGCGGUUCGUAUCCAAUUUGGCAGGAAAAAUCUGGCCGUUGACUCCUCUGCUCAAACUAAAAGACACGGAACGGUUCGUAUGGGGGGCAGAACAUCAAGCGGCCCUUAUGCCGCCGAAAAGAGGGAAACCCUUUAGGCUUUACAUUUCGGCUUCAGAGGGCUCUAUCGGCUAUCUGCUGGCUCAAAAUAACGAAUCCGAACGAGAACAAGCAGUGCAUUAUCUGAGCCGCACCCUUAACGUGGUCGAGCUAAACUAUUCGCCGAUCGAGAAAUUGUGCUUGACACUUUAUUUCGCGGCAACCAAGUUGCGCCAUUAUAUGCUUCCUUCGGUCGUUCAGAUCAUCUCCAAGACUGACCUCAUCAAAUAUAUGCUCACUCGGCCGAUCAUACGAGGCCGAAUUGGGAAGUGGACAAUGGCAUUGUCCGAAUUCACCUUCCAAUAUGUGGCUCAGAAGUCGGUCAAGGGUCAGGCAUUGGCCGAUUUCCUGGCUCACCACCCGGCUCAGGGGCAGGAAGAAGAGUUAGAAGUCGAGAUCGGCAUGGCCCGCAUGGAGAAGAACUACUGGACCAUGUACUUCGACGGCUCUAGUACUGAGGCCAGGUUUGGGGCCGGAGUCGUGAUCCAGUCCCCUCAAGGACAAAGGUGGCAAUUUGCGUUCCAGCUUGAUUUCAAAUGCACCAAUAAUCAGGCCGAAUACGAAGCGCUCAUCAUCGGUCACGAAAUUCUGAAAGAAAUGAAGGCGACCCGUGUCUUGGUCUAUGGUGAUUCUCAGCUGGUAAUUAACCAACUGACCGGGGAAUACCAAUGCACGAGCGAGAAUUUAAUUAUGUAUUAUGUAACGGCCCUCAAUACGUCCGACGAGUUUUCUAGGAUCUCCUUUGAACACGUACCGCGCGCCAAAAACCGCGAGGCCAAUGAGAUGGCCCAGGUAGCGUCAGGCGUGAAUAUUCCGGACAGUGACCACGAUCGUGUGAUAAGAAUCAAGAGGCGUACCUUGCCGGCUUUGGCCGAACGGGGAAUGACAACGCAAGUGUCAUCGUUUGAGAUCACUGACGAAGUCAACACGGCCGAAACCGACUGGCGCUACCCUGUAGUGAAGUAUCUGCACGACCCCUCCGGCAGCCACGAGAGGACUACGCGUUUCCCAGCUCGGUGUUAUUUAAUUUAUCACAACGAGCUGUAUCGAAAGGGAUUAGACGGGUUAUUGCUUCUAUGCCCCAGCGCCGAAGAUAUUAAGGUUAUCAUGACUGAAUCCCACGAGGGGAUUUGCGGCACUCACCAGUCUGGCGUCAAGAUGAGAUGA